AUGUUGACAAGAAGUAGUGAGGUACCUGGCAUUGCCGCUGCUGCUGGGUCCAUGACGCUUUCCGACAAUGCCCUCAAUAACAUUCCAUCGCCCGGUGACGAUUUCGAUAUCCACAAGGGCAAGCUGUUGGCCCCGAUCUUGAUCCCCCGCGUCCCGGGAACCGAGGGCCAGCUGCGCACCCAGAAGCACUUUGUCGACUUCUUCACCGAGAACCUCCCCGAAUGGACGCUCGAGUGGCAGAAUUCGACAUCCAAGACACCCGCCACUGGUAACAAGGACGUGCCCUUUGCGAACCUCAUCUUUCGGCGGGAUCCGCCAUGGGCGCAAAAGGGGGACGUGAGCCGCCUCACCCUGGCUGCGCACUACGACAGCAAGUAUGAGCCCGAGGGUUUCAUCGGCGCAACAGAUAGCGCUGCGCCAUGUGCAAUGCUGAUGCACCUGGCGAGGAGCAUUGAAGCUGGGCUCAAGGCAAAGUGGGAGAACAUGCAGAAGAACGGCGAGGAUGGACUCGAUGACGCCCAGGGAAUUCAGAUUCUGUUUCUGGACGGCGAGGAAGCCUUUCAUGAGUGGACAAAUGAUGAUUCCCUCUACGGUUCGAGAUCGCUCGCAGAACAGUGGGAGUUCCAGUUCCACGGCUCUACGUCCACUUACCGAACACCUCUUGACUCAAUCAGUCUCUUCGUCCUUCUCGACCUUCUCGGCGAAAAGAACCCUAGAGUCCCCUCGUACUUCCUGACAACACAUUGGGCAUACCGCGCAAUGGCUGCGCUUGAGAAGCGCAUGCGAGAGCUGAACCUCCUCGAGACAAAGCCUAAGAGGGCAUUCCUCCCCGAGGUGAACAAGGAUGCCACUCGCUUCAGCCGCAGCUACAUCGAUGACGACCACCGGCCGUUUAUGCAGCGCGGUGUUGAGAUCCUACACAUCAUCCCGACACCGUUCCCAACCAUGUGGCACAAGAUGGGCGACGACGGCGAGAACCUCGAUCUGCCGACGGUGCGCGACUGGGCGAGGAUCACGACGGCAUUUGUGGUCGAGUGGAUGGGCAUCCAGGACUUCAUGCCCGGCGUAACGGGGACCAAGGCCAAGAGGAGCGGCGCGGCGGCCACGACGACGACGAGCCGGAGGACGGAGCUGUAG